AUGUUUGCUCACACGGUGGCGUACACGAUACCGGUCAAUGUGGAUGGAGAACCAGCGCUUACCGCGCAGGACGUCUGGAAGGGGAUUUUAGCGAUCACCCGCCGACCUCAAGACUUUGCCGAAUACAUGGCUGACUCUAUUGUUAUCUCUGGAGACGACAAAAGGUUCCGUCGCAAGCUAGUAUUAGCGAGUGAUAGCGUGCACAGCUCAGCGGGUGCAGAGUUGCUUCAGGAUGUGGCGCUCUAUGAGCCAUGUAUGAUGGACGGGACGCUCGUUUCUACGGGCGCAAAGACUUCUAUGGGUGUCUCGUACGGUGGCCAACCAGGAGAAGGUGAAGCGCACCUUUACCUAACCGCAACGUAUGAGCUUCGGAUGCCGGAUGUGGAUCCAGCCAGCGAAAAGGCAGAAAAGAGCAGGCAGGAAUAUGCAAACCUCGCACGUACCAUGGUUAACAGCAGCAUUGAGAGCAUGCGAAAGCUCAAGAAGGAGAACCGGCUGGAUGAGUAUGUCUGA